AUUUUAAUGCGGAUGCAGCCAAUCCUGUUUGGUAUACCCGACAAAAUCGCGCGAAAAUGAUAAACCACCGAGUAUAACGGUUUUCCCGCCAUUUUAAUUGUUCUCGGAUGCAUCGUACUUUUUUCUCGAACAAAACAUUGACAUUAUUUCUUUUUAUCAAUCAACGUAUUCGUUAAGUUAAGGUAACGAAGAAGCACCGGUGAUUUUAGGAUUAUUCUGUGGUAUCUGGAACCACCAUGGCUACACCCACAAGAGAUUUUCUACGUCGGCCUGACACCGGACGUCGUAGAUCGGUUCGACAAGCAUUGGCAGUAAUCCCUGACAUGAUGACUACCUCUGUAUCACCAGGGACUCCUUUAGCAAUGGAAGUCAGCGCAAUGGACAACGUCAUGAACAGCAGAUACAGCAUGGAGUCUUGGAGUCCAGCACCCAGCCCGGAUGAACUCGUGAUACAAAAGCGUGGAAGAAGGCGUAGAACCAUCGUUUGGUCCCCGGAUGCUGACGCAAAAAGAGAUAGUCUUUUCAGUUUGAGUUCCCGAGAUCGUACACCAGUCAAAAGUCCAUCAAAGUCGACGAUCGUACUGCGAAGUACCCCACGCAAACGACUAAUGUUGGGUGGAGACAACAGCGAUCCCCAUUUGACAACCCCAGAAAAAAAAACGAAGAGCCACGAAGCUCAGAAAUACGUAGAAAGUAAUUGUAACGGUUACAAACAAUUUACGGGUCCGUUGGUUAACGGUUUGAGAGGUCUGAGCCAAGAACAAUUGAUCAAAGUCAUCAUGGAUUUGAUUUCGAUGCAAGAAGAUGGAGCUCUUGGCAAAGAUGACAAAUUGCGCGAUGUUGUGUUGAAAAGAAUGCCAAUUGCUGAUAUUCAACCGCUGCGAGAACGAUUAAGUGCACUUAGACAGAACGUGUAUGCCAGUCUUGUUUCCUCGGACAUCGACGAAUCCUCUUACAGCCGAGCGUACAUACAUCUCGAUGCAUUUGAGAAAGCGGUGAUCGAGCAAGGGAACAAACUUAUCGAGUCUCAGCAUUGGACAGCAGCGAUGCAGUAUGUUUUCGCGGCUUGGUCAAUAACGAAGGAUUUACCAGAAUGGGAUAAUCAGGGUCGCGAUAAUACAACGAAAAAGUGUUUUCGUGAAUUAGCUAAAUUUUGCAAGGAAGCGUUGCAAAAUGGAAAUUUCAUCACAUCGACGCUGGAUGUGUAUUGUAAAAAGUAAAAUUGAAACGAUGGUACCUGAUUGUGAGGACUUGAAAAUUUGCCUUAGAACGGCGGGAGAGAUGAAAAUUAGCGUUUUCUAAUCGAUUGAGACACGUGACACUUACAAAUAUUUGUAAAUAAAUAUUUGAAUGGA